UUGAUAAUGUCAUGCUGUCGCCACCGUGAGGCAAGUGGGGAGGAUAAUUAUUUUGGGACAGAAGUUACUGAAAGCUUUCUUACAUAAAUGAUGGCAACAACGUCCAAGUUAAUGAGAGCCAUUCGAGUGAGUGAGUUUGGCGGACCCUCCGUUUUGAAACUCUGCUCCAACAUACCUUUGCCAAAUCCAGGUCAGAAACAGGUGCUAAUCCGUGUGCAUGCGUGUGGAGUGAACCCUGUGGAGACCUACAUCCGCUCUGGGACCUAUGCCAGGAAGCCCAGCCUGCCCUACACUCCAGGGACUGACGUGUCAGGGGUCGUGGAAGCAGUCGGAGACGGGGUCCAACUCUUACAGGCUGGUGACCGUGUGUUCACCACUGCCACAGAGACAGGAGGGUAUGCUGAAUACACCGUUGUGUCUGAGGACUGUGUCUACCGGCUGCCAGACCCCUUAGACUACAAACAGGGAGCUGCCAUUGGGAUCCCCUACUGCACAGCAUACAGAGCUCUCUUCCAUAAAGCACAUGCUAAAGCAGGCGAGACAGUACUCAUCCAUGGAGCCAGUGGCGGGGUGGGGGUGGCAGCGUGUCAGAUGGCCAGAGCCUUGGGCCUGAGGGUCCUGGGGACAGCAGGAACCCCAGAGGGACUGGAGCUGGUCCUGAGGAAUGGAGCUCACCAGGCUUUCAACCACAGAGAGGAAGGAUACACUAUCAAGAUCAUGGAUGCUACCAAGGGGCAAGGUGUAAAUGUGAUUGUGGAGAUGCUGUCUAAUGUGAACCUCAGUAGUGACCUGCAGAUGCUGGCCUACGGGGGGAGAGUGACGGUUGUUGGCAGUAGAGGCCCUAUUGAAAUCAACCCUCGAGACACCAUGGCCAAAGAGUCCAGCAUCAUUGGUGUUGCCUUACCCUACGCUACUGUUGAAGAGAAGGCUGAGUGUGCCGCAGCCCUGUUUGCAGGGUUGGAUGCUGGUUGGCUGAAGCCUGCUGUAGGAAAACAGUACACCCUGGACAUGGCCUCCCAGGCCCAUAUUGACAUCAUAGACUGCCCUGGGGCUUCUGGGAAGAUGGUACUGACCAUGUGAAUGGAACAUCUGUAGGACUACUGUGAAAUGUUACUGAUUGACAGUGGAUGAAAUUCUGAUUACUUUACAUGCGUUUCAUGCAUAUGGAAUUCAAAUUGCUUGAAAUCUUGCCACAGACGAAGAUGGUGGGGCUCACUUUCGGUGAUCUUCUUGAUUAAUCAUGUGAAUUUCUAAACCAAUUUGUUGUCAUUUCAAUGCAUUGGGUCGAUAAGAAAAAUUUGAAAUAAUAAAUAUUAUCAUUGAAUGCAA